AUGAAGACCACAGCUGCCGGCGGCAAAUCCCGGCUUCCAUGGCUGGUAAUGGGUUGCCUGCUGGCGGCUUUGGCAUGCUCUCUGUGGAUGCUCAGGAAGCACCUGCCAGAUGCUGGGACGGAGACACUCGAACAGGAGCCGAAAGGCCAAGAGGACCAUCUUGCCCAACAGGAUCAAAGUCAAAAGUCCACCGAGCCCACCUGCGAGCCAGAAGUCAUCUCUGAUUGUACUGCAGAGAGCCAGCCAGAGCCACCGGUGACCGCGCCUGCACCCGGCGAGCGGUCUCGAAUGCCAAAUUUUCACGGCCUCGAGUACCAGCUUUUUCUGCCAACAACUUGGCGAGGAGAAUCUGGUCAGACUUUCCCCGUGGUGGUUUUCCUGCACGGAGCCGGAGAUGGCAAAUUCAGUGUCAUGAAUUCUCAAAGCUUACCACGUCUGCUGACGAGGAAUCAAUCGACCUGCUUUGACCCACGGCAUUGCUGGUGCCUUCCUUCUGAAUACGAAAGGGCAACUGCCAAGAAGGAAGCCCCGGAGACGUCACCAGACGCCUUCUUGGACGAGGAGGAAGAUUUGCGGAGCCCGAUGGCCGCCUGUGAUUUUGCAGAUCGUUUUGAAGCAAUCACAGUGAUGCCACAAGGCUGGAGCGUUGGAGAUCCCGUCGGCUGGACGGGAGAGCGCUUAUCCAAGGUGCACCUUUUGACGAAACACGUGCUUGAGAAGUACCACGGAGACCCC